AUGGUAGCACACAGCAGCGUAACGCCUGAGAAUGGGAUUGCAGUGGAGCUGAGAGGCCGGCUUCAGCCCUCCGUCCGGGCCGCUCUGCAGGUCCGGCCCCCCCACGGCACGGUGCAAGCCCCGCGGGACACCCACUUCCACACCUUCCGCUCCCAGGAGGACUUUGGGAUCAUCGUCCGCACUAGCGCCUUGCUGGAGAAGUGUGGCUUCUACUGGGGUCCCCUGUCGGUCAGCGCUGCUCACGAGAAACUGAAGGGCGAGCUGGUGGGGACCUUCCUCCUCCGCGACAGCCGGCAAAAAAAUUGCUUCUUCACCGUUAGCGUUAAGACGGCCUCCGGGCCCACCAGCGUCCGUGUCCUCUUCCAGUCCGGUCACUUCAGCCUGGAGGGCAGCAAAGAGGCCUUUGAUUGCCUCUUCAAACUGCUGGAACAUUACGUCAACUCGCCCCGGAAGGUCCUGGUCGCCCCACUACACAAAGAGCGCCUGCGGUCGCUGCAGGACCUCUGCCGCAAAAACAUUGUGGCGACUUUUGGGAGGGAGAAUUUGCCACACAUCCCACUCAAUCCGGUCCUGAAGACAUACCUGGAGUCCUUCCCCUUUAAAUUGUGAGCGGAGGGAGCAUUACGCCAGUGGAUGCGCCUGAGGUGCUGGAAGUGGUGCCUUGGUGGUGUGCAAUCCAGGGAGCCAAUUGUGCCCUGGGAGUGGUGGGGGAAACGGAGUCCCCGCAGUGGCGAACCGCAGGUGGCGCAGAGGCUGCCUGGGGCACUGGGCGUUGCGUCGCUGGGUGAAGACGCGAAGCAGACCCGUGGCUGGAUUGUUGUACAAGCCUAAGCACCGUCAUGAGCGCAUCUCAAUUCUGUAGCAGUUCUAUUGAAUUUGAACACUUGACUACCGAUGUUUACACAACCAAUGGACUGUUUGCACAAACUGAGGCCCUCAGAAGCCUUGUCAGUCAUUUUCUGCUAUGCAGAAACACUUUUGUUACUUUAUAUCUAUUUUUUCUAAAAGCUAAUAAUAAACCUUAUUAUAAAGGUUCUUUUUCUA